CACACUGCGCACCUCACCACCACGAGCUCGCUACUUCAGUCGCGUCUGCCACCAAGCCUAGCACGCACUGCCGUUGUGUACACAGCGCAAUCAGCACCUGCCAACCUCCCACGAAACACCCCGCCUUGACCCAAUCCACACACCACCAUGGCAGAGGCCGAGGAGGAUUUCAGCAAGCUUCCGCUUCCCGACCGCUUCGUACACAAGAACUGGAAAGUAAGGAAAGAAGGCUACGAGGCUGCGACCAAAGAGUUCGACCUCGCUGCCAGCGAAUCGGACCCCGUUGUGCGCCAAUUCGUCAGCGAUGCCAGCAUAUGGAAGGGCGUAGUUGGCGACUCAAAUGUCGCCGCACAGCAGGAAGGUCUCAAAGCACUAUGCUCCUUCCUCCAGAUAUCAGGCGCUGCCGGGUGCACAAGGACACGGCAAAUCACAAUCGCGACCAUCGCUGAAAAGGGACUUCCCUCAACAAGGCCCGCCGCAAAACAGAGUGCGCUCGAAGCGUUGAUGCUGUAUGUUGAGACGGACAAGCCAGACCCAGUCAUUGAAGAAUUGCUGCCCCUCCUAUCGCACAAGCAACCGAAAGUCAUCGCAGCAACACUAGACGCCCUCUCUCAAAUAUACCAUGCAUUCGGCUGCAAGACGGUCGAGCCGAAGCCAGUUUUAAAGAUACUCCCCAAAGUGUACGGGCAUGCAGACAAGAACGUCCGAGCCAAGGCGCAAGAGCUGACUGUCGAGUUCUACCGAUGGCUAAAAGACGCUAUGAAACCCCUGUUCUGGGGCGAGCUGAAGCCUGUGCAGCAACAGGAUCUGGACAAGUUGUUCGAGAAAGUGAAGGACGAGCCGCCGCCAAAACAGGAACGGUUGCUGCGUUCACAACAAGCCGCGAAGGAGGCAGCCGCAGCCGCGCCGGGUGGGGGCGAGGACGAGGAAGAGGAGGAAGAAGAGGCCGCCAUUGAUUUGGAACCGGAGUAUGAAGCCGUCAACGUUUUCGCCAAAAUCCCAGCCGACUACAACGAACGCAUGGCUUCGUCCAAGUGGAAGGAUCGAAAGGAGGCCCUCGAUGACCUGCACAAGAUUCUCGAGGUUCCCAGAAUUGCCGAUGGGCCAUUUGAUGAUCUCGUCCGCACUUUCGCCAAGUCGAUGAAAGAUGCCAACAUCAUGGUCGUCAUUACAGCCGCCAACUGCGUCGAGCUUUUGGCCAAGGGGUUGAAGAAGGGGUUUUCCAAAUAUCGAUCUACAAUCAUGAACCCAAUGAUGGAGCGGUUGAAAGAGAAGAAACAAACCGUUGCUGACGCCCUUGGAAAUGCCCUAGAUGCGGUCUUCGCUUCUUCCUCUCUAUCAGAUUGUCUGGAGGAAGUCGUAGAGUUUCUGAAGCACAAGAACCCCCAAGUGAAGCUGGAAUCAACACGAUUCCUGGUGCGGUCUUUGAAGAACAUCAGGGAGGCGCCUUCGCAGCCGGAAGUCAAAACCAUCGCCGAAGCAGCAACAAAACUGCUGACCGAAUCACAAGCCGUUCAACGUGAAGCCGGUGCCGAAGUGCUUGGUACGCUGUGGAAGAUCAUGGGCGACCGCAUGAUGAACGCUCAUCUCGAUGGUCUCGAUGACAUACGAAAGGCUAAAAUCAAGGAGUUUCACGACGCAGCUGAAGUCAAAGCCAAAUUCAAGCCGAAGGCAGCGCCGCCGCCGCCAAAGCCUGCUGCAGCCCCGGUUGGCAAGAAGCCUCUCGGAAAGCGACCAGCUGGUGUCAAGAAACCAGCACCCAAGGCCGCUGCACCCCCUCCACCACCUGUUGAGGAGCCCACAGCACCUCUGGCACCUCAGCCUACCUCCAAACCUGGCGCUUCGAAGCUAGGCGCACCCAAGGCAGGCGCUUCGCGUCUGGGUGGUUUGAAGAAGCCUGGUGCUCCCGGUGCUGCAUCUCCGCGAAGACCCGUGGUAUCUCCGCCGCCUGAGGAAGAGGCAGCAUUGCCGCCUGCGCAACCCAAAUUCGGCCUUGGCGCCGGACGAGGACUGGCGGGUCGACCGAUAGGGAAACCUCAAGCCGAGGCCGCAGCUGCCCCUGUUGCUGCCCCAGCCCCAACUGGUAUCAGUCUGGUGGAGAAGGCCGAACUAGACGAACUUCGAGCAGAAGUCGAGAGACUAAGGCGACAAAACGAGGAUCUGCGUAGUGAUCGGACAAAGCUCACAUCUCAGGUCCAUGAACUGCAGAACCAGAAUGCUCAGCUCAUCGAAGACCACACACGAGACGUGCUCUCGAUCAAAGCGAAGGAAACACAGCUUGUGCGCGCGCGUGCCGACUGUGAAGCAUCCGAGCAGACCAUCUACAAUCAGCGCCGGGAGAACGAACGUCUAAAGCGUGAGCUACAGAGGCAAACGCGGGCAGCAUCCCCACCCCCGGCGGACAUUUCCGAGCAAAUCUACACCGACAGUACUGGUGGUGGUGUCGGACGUCUCGGCGACUCUGGAUACGGCAGCCAAGGUCUCUACGGCAGGAGAGAUCGCUUUGCAGCGAAUGGGCCCAUAAGCCCGGGUGGCGAUGGUAAGGAGAAUUUUGAACGUCCUGGCAGCGGUCUGAGCGGCAAGCUGAGUCCUCUUCGCGCAGACACAGACGCACGUUCAGGGAAAUCAUCGCUCUCUUCGCGCGGCGGAGGCCGCAUAAGUCCUGCGGAUCCGGUGAGCAGUCGUAUUGGAGGCGGAGGGGCUACGGGCGCGGAAAGCUGGAAGCGCGCUGCAGAGGUGACGCAAAACCUGAAGCAGAGGAUCGAGAUGAUGAAGGCGAAGCAAGGCAUUGGGAGACCAACGCAGUGAUGCAUUUCCAACAUUACCUUCUAUAUAUGCGAGUCGCUUGCUUCUCUGUGCUGGCGACUGCGGGUUUUCUGCAUCGUUUGAUGUGCAUUUGUGGCGUUGAUGGCUCCUGGCUUGCAUCCAGAUAGGGAUGGAUGCGCGAUGAGGUUUCGGUCAGGCAGGAUAGGGCACGGUGGGCUAGGGAAAGGAGCUGGGGUGGCUGGGGUCUGCAUCUCGUUUUUGCUGUGUCUGCAUGAGUAUGAGAUUCCCCCUGACGGCUUGCUCGGUAGUAUUGUUCAAAUGAUUAUGGUGUUCUUGGUUCAGUAUGGCUACAGGAGCGCUGUUGAUCACUUUGUACUGAGCACUCUUCAGGACAUUUUCCAUUAUUUGGCGUCUACAUCGGUCG